AUGCGUGUCACUGCUACAUUUGGUACCCUAAUCAUGGGCGCGAGCCUCUGCGCCGCUCGCGCUUCCGUCCCCCAUCCUCGGUUGACAACAACAUCGUCACUCACCAGCGAAACUGACACUACAACGGCUGGAGGCGCCGCCACAACGACCACUUUUCAAGAGACUAUCAGUGUGACUGAGUCUGCGUUAACCAUCGAGUCGUCUGCCACCGUAGAAACUUCUUCUGCAGACUCCGCCACUACAGAACUGGAGACGACUACUUCUGGCGUAAUCUCUCAAGAAACUUUGAGUGUCACUGUGUCCCAGACCAGCAUUGAAUCUUCUGCCACCACGACCGAUGGUAUUAGCUCUUUUACUACCAUCCUCGCAUCUACGAUUGCUGUCACUUCCCAAGAGACCGAGACCUCUACGACCGUCGGCGACGCCACGAGCACAGUAAUCGAAGCCACUACGACUACCGCUGAUCCUCCCGUAAUUACCUAA